AUGGCAGCCUGCAGGACAGCGCGGCGUAGAAAGCACCACCAGCGCCCCCUGUCCAUGAGGUCCGACAGCGGCGUGACUGAAUGGCUUGUUUGCGUCGACCUGGGUGAAGCAGUAAAAGAGCUGGAGGAGGAUGGAAAGAGGGUAGGCGCUGUUCUUGUUACUUCACCCACCUACCAUGGUGUAUGCAGCAAUGUGCAAGGUAUUGUCAGUGUUUGUCAUCCACGAGGCAUUCCGGUUAUAGUUGAUGAAGCACACGGUGCACAUUUCAGGUUCCAGGACAGUUUGCCAAGCACUGCAAUUGAGCAAGGUGCUGACCUAGCUGUGCAAUCCACACACAAGGUCAUGUGCUCCCUUACACAGUCUUCAAUGCUUCACAUGUCUGGAGAUGUCGAUGUAGAUAAAGUAAGCCAGUGCCUUCAGCUCCUCCAGAGCUCGAGCCCGAGUUACCUUCUACUGUCAUCUCUAGAUGCUGCGAGAGAUCAGCUGAGCCAGAACAGAAAUAUAUUUGAUGAGCCAUUAGCUAUAGCAUCGGAAACAAAAGAUCUGCUGGCGAGAAUCCCUGGGAUAUCUGUUCUAGACUUACCAUGCUUCGCUUCCGAUUUCCCUGCCAUUGAUCUGUUGCGCAUCACACUCAGUGCCUCAAAUCUGCAAUUAUCGGGAUACGAAGCCGAUGACAUUUUAUAUGAAGGCCAUCAAAUCGUAUCUGAGCUUGUUGGCACAAGGGCCGUGACAUUUGCAGUCAACAUAGGAACCAGAGUGCAGGACGCUGAGAAGCUUGUGCAGUCUGCAAAGCAUUUAUCAGAAAAACAUUUCUUUGCCACCGGCCACUUGGCCAAAUAA